AGCUCGUCCUUCAUGCACGCUUAAAGGAAACGAGAUAGUUAGGAGAUUGUAAGAUGUCUCGCAAAAGAAAAGUUGUAGCCGACGAUGAGGAAGAUCCAACCAAGAUCGAAUUCUCAACUUCAGAAGAGGUUGACGUUGUUCCCACAUUCGACCAGUUAAAACUUCGCGAAGACUUGGUUCGAGGCAUUUACGCUUAUGGCUUUGAGAAACCAUCGGCAAUUCAACAGCGUGCUAUUAAACCGAUUAUCAAAGGAAGAGACGUCAUUGCACAGGCUCAGUCUGGAACAGGAAAAACAGCCACUCUGUCCAUCUCUGUACUUCAGUCAAUAGAUAUUCAGACAAGAGAAACACAGGCUCUGAUUUUGUCUCCAACCCGAGAGCUUGCACAACAAAUUCAGAAGGUCAUUCUUGCUCUGGGUGACUACAUGAGUAUUCAAUGUCAUGCAUGUAUUGGAGGAACAAAUGUAGGAGAGGACAUCAGAAAGCUUGAUUAUGGACAGCAUGUUGUGUCUGGUACACCUGGCAGAGUUUUUGACAUGAUAAGAAGAAGAAGCUUGAGAACCCGAUCUAUAAAAAUGUUGGUGCUGGAUGAAGCAGAUGAAAUGCUGAAUAAAGGUUUUAAGGAGCAGAUCUAUGAUGUUUACAGAUAUCUUCCCCCAGCCACUCAGGUUGUUCUGUUAAGUGCAACUCUUCCACAUGAAAUCUUGGAGAUGACGCAAAAGUUCAUGACUGACCCAAUCAGGAUUCUUGUCAAGCGUGAUGAGUUGACAUUGGAAGGCAUCAAACAAUUCUUUGUGGCUGUGGAACGUGAAGAAUGGAAGUUUGACACCCUCUGUGAUUUGUAUGACACCCUUACCAUCACACAAGCUGUCAUUUUCUGCAACACAAAAAGAAAGGUGGACUGGCUUGUGGAGAAAAUGCGAGAGGCAAACUUCACUGUUUCAGCUAUGCAUGGUGAUAUGCCACAAAAAGAAAGAGAUGCCAUCAUGAAAGAAUUUAGAUCUGGACAGAGUCGAGUGCUGAUCUCAACAGAUGUGUGGGCUCGAGGCAUAGAUGUGCAGCAAGUGUCUCUGGUUAUCAACUACGACCUGCCAAACAAUCGUGAAUUGUACAUUCACAGGAUUGGUCGCUCUGGUCGAUUUGGUCGCAAAGGUGUUGCCAUUAACUUUGUGAAGUCGGAUGACAUCAGAAUUUUGCGUGACAUUGAACAGUACUACAGUACUCAGAUCGAUGAAAUGCCCAUGAAUGUGGCUGAUCUCAUUUAAACUUCCUGGGAAGACACUGUGAAACAAGGACAUAGCCAGUGACAGGAAUAGUACAUAGCUUAAGUGAUGGACACCUGAUUUCAUCCUGUGAAUAGGCCCUCUUAUCUUAACUGUAGUUUAACACAACACAAAAACAUCAGCAAAAGUAAACCUUUUUCCUUUUUAAUUUUUUUAAACCUUUACACCUGCUUUGUAAACAUGACAAAAGCAACCACAGUGUUAUCAAGUUACUGGCCUUGUAUGUUGACAAGACUGAUUUAAUUAGCAGUUUUCCUUGAGGGUUUCAUGUAUGCUUUUCCCUAGCAAGAUUUGUGAUUGUUUUUAGUCGCUGUCUUCAAUUUUGUUCAUUUUAACAACCAGUUCUUAGUUGUUCAAAGGCUAGAUAGUGUUAUCCACUGGACAAAUUGCUGUCCAGCACAUAAGUGCCAACAAAACAUAGAUAUGCUAUCUGCUGGAUAGCAAUAUUUAUCCAGUGGAUAGUGUUAUCCAGCCUUCUAACAACCAGGGUCAAUACAAAGCACUGAAACAGCAGGCAAUGCAGUGGUAAUCACCAGUUAUUAAAUACAUAACUUUUUUUCUAUAUGGACGUUUGUUAAAGUUGUGUAUUUUACAAGUGAAAUGUACAAUGCAUUAGAUCACCUCUUUAAAACACUUGUCAUUAAGUUUUACUAACAGCCUUGUAGUUUGUUUAUGAGUAAUUAAAAUGGUUCGUGAAACAGUUCAA